AAAAGAAAAAGAAAAAGAAAAAGAAAAAGAACAGGAAAAAGUAAGGUCUUCUCCAAGUCUUUCAAAUUCCGAGACGAGAAUUUGAUUCGACACUGCAGCCCGUAACCAUACGAAGACGCUGAAGCUCAAGAUGGGCUUACUGGGUCUUGUUGGAUUUGUGCUCCAAUGCUUUGUUGUUCUUGCAUGGCCUCUCUUUGCUCUGGUCUAUCCUCUGUAUUCUUCCAUCAAAGCCAUCGAGACAAAUUCCAUUACAGAUACUCACAAGAUAAAUACGUAUUGGGUCGUCUUCUCAUUGAUCUUGCUAUUUGAGCAUGCUUUUAUGAAGCUCCUUGAAUGGUUCCUGCUGUGGCCAUACAUUAGGCUACUGAUUGUCUUCUUUUUGGUGAUGCCACAUUUUGAUGGUGCCUUAUGUGUCUAUAAACAUCUUAUCUGUCCAUGCCUCUCCAUAAAUCCCCAAGUUGUUAUCAACUUGUUCAACAAGCGGAAGGAGUCCCUUGAGAGAGAUAACUUUCUCUCUGAGGUUGAGAGAUAUGUCAAGGAGAAUGGACCUGAAGGUUUGGAAAAAUUUAUUGCUUGCAAGUCAACGAGGACAAAUCUCAAUGUCAAAGAGUUCAAUGCAGUUUCAUCCAUGGAUAAUGAAGCGUCAAAAUCCAUAAAGCCAAAUGGUGGACAGAAAGAUAUCAAAGCUGUGCAGGUAAUGGUGAAAAAGAAGGAAACAACUGCUAGCCAAGUUAGUCAGGCAGAGCCUAAUCUCACUGUGAAUGAAGAUAAAUUUUCUUCUAGGAAGAUGAAUGAAAAAGCCAUUGGGGCUGCAGCUGACAGAGAAAUUCUGAAUACUCCACCUCCAAAGAAAGUCCAGAAGGAGUGGACCACAGUCAGUCCGCUACCAACUCAAACUGAUGCAACUUUUAAUUCCCCUCUCGGUGAUAAUAAACAUGUAGCCGAGGCCUUGAAGAUAAAGAAUGAGGCAGAGCCGAAGCUCACUUGGCCUGAAAGCAGUACUGUUGCAGCCAUGGAAAUAUAUGAAAAGCCGGUUGAGGUUGGAACAGUUAUAGAAGAUCCAGAGCCUCCUAAAGAAGUCCAGAAAGAGUGGACUUGUGCUCUGUCUCAGGUAACUACUACAUGUGAAAGAAAUUUGAAUUCCCACCUGCAAGGGAGAAAACACAAGGCAGCAUAUGAGGCACUGAAAGCAGGGAACCAGGCAUUUGUGCCCAAGAUUGCCCCAGCUUCAACUGCAAAAACAUCCAAUCAACCAAAUAAGGAGCUAGGAAAGAGUAUUCCGUGCAGUGGAUCAAAACAAAAAGUUACUGUAUAUGAAAAUGUGCAAGGCCAGAAAAAUAGUAGUCCAGCUCCAAUCACAAAGAAGCACUAUAAACCGAAAGAGGAGCUAGCAGAUGGUGUAUCCAGCAAGGACCAGAAAAGGAAAAUUGCUAUACAGGUCGAGAAGGUACAAAGUCAACAACCGAAGCCAAAUGAAGUUCCAAGGGUGAAGAGUUGUCCUUGGAGGUGUGAGAUUUGUAGCGUAAGCUGUUCUGAUGAGAUUGACUUGCUGUCUCAUCUCAACGGAAAAAAACACAAGGAAAAUGUGCAAGAACAACAAGAGUACCUAAUCAGGGUUGGAGAGUUUGACAUUUACUGGUGAGUUUGACAUGGUAUCUCAUCUUAAUUGAAGGAAUUGCCGUCAUCGUUUAUCACCAGAAACGCAGGUUGUGGAGAGAAUGCUUAGAAAAUAAAAUAGUGUAGUUUGUAAUUAUGAUUUAUUUUCUUUGCUAAGCAACUGAAGACAUUUCAUGAUCAGUUUAAAUUAUGUUCUAUGAUCAA